AUGCUUCAAUUAAAUUUAUUGGAUAUUGAUCAGAUAAGCACUAAGAUUUAUGACUGUGUUCUGAAAUCUUCAUUAGCAAAUGGUUCAACAUUUUUUAAAUUAUUGAGAUAUAUUUGUAAUACAAUAGCAUAUUUUUUAAUUUUGUCUCAGGAAGGAGAAAACAUUUUCUAUUUGGCAAUUGAAGACAUAGAAACAGAUACAGAACUUCUGAUUGGCUACCUGGACAGUGACAUGGAGGCUGAUGAGGAAGAACAGCAAAUUAUAACAAUGAUCAAAGAAGGGGAAGUUAAAAAUUCUAAAGGACAAUCAACAGCUGGCAGAAAAGAUUGCCUUGGCUGUAAAGAGGACUAUGCUUGUCCCCAGUGUGACUCGAGUUUUACCAGUGAGGAAAUUCUUGCUGAGCACCUUCAGACAUUGCACCAGAAACCUACAGAGGAGAAAGAAUUUAAGUGCAAGAACUGUGGGAAGAAAUUCCCAGUUAAGCAGGCUUUGCAAAGACACGUUCUUCAGUGCACAGCGAAAAGCAGUCUGAAGGAUUCUUCACGAAGUUUUCAGUGCUCUGUUUGCAAUUCUUCCUUCAAUUCAGCAUCGAGUUUUGAGCAGCACCAGGAGACUUGCCGGGGAGAUGCCAGGUUUGUGUGCAAGGCCGACAGCUGUGGAAAGAGGCUAAAGAGCAAGGAUGCCCUCAGAAGACACCAGGAAAAUGUCCAUGCUGGCGAUCCUAAGAAAAAGCUCAUAUGUUCAGUGUGCAAUAAAAAGUGUUCUUCAGCAUCAAGCCUACAGGAACAUAGAAAGAUUCAUGAGAUAUUUGAUUGUCAAGAAUGUAUGAAGAAAUUUAUUUCAGCUAAUCAGCUAAAACGUCAUAUGAUCACUCACUCAGAAAAGCGACCCUAUAAUUGUGAGAUUUGUAAUAAAUCUUUCAAGAGGCUUGAUCAAGUGGGCGCCCACAAAGUAAUACACAGUGAAGAUAAACCUUACAAAUGCAAGCUUUGUGGAAAAGGAUUUGCCCACAGAAAUGUUUACAAGAAUCACAAGAAGACCCAUUCUGAAGAGAGACCAUUCCAGUGUGAGGAAUGUAAAGCUUUGUUCCGGACCCCAUUUUCUUUGCAGAGACACCUUCUCAUACAUAACAGUGAGAGGACUUUCAAAUGCCAUCACUGUGAUGCUACCUUUAAAAGGAAGGAUACUUUAAAUGUUCAUGUCCAGGUGGUCCAUGAAAGACACAAGAAAUACAGAUGUGAGCUAUGUAAUAAGGCAUUUGUUACACCCUCAGUGCUUAGAAGUCACAAGAAAACCCAUACUGGAGAAAAGGAGAAAAUCUGCCCAUAUUGUGGCCAGAAAUUUGCCAGCAGUGGUACACUGAGAGUUCAUAUCCGUAGCCACACAGGUGAGCGGCCCUAUCAAUGCCCUUACUGUGAAAAAGGAUUCAGUAAAAAUGAUGGACUGAAGAUGCAUAUUCGUACCCAUACCAGGGAGAAACCUUACAAGUGCUCAGACUGCAGCAAAGCCUUCAGCCAGAAGCGAGGCCUGGAUGAACACAAGAGAACGCACACCGGAGAAAAGCCUUUUCAGUGUGAUGUUUGUGACUUGGCUUUUAGCCUGAAGAAAAUGCUGAUCCGACACAAGAUGACUCACAAUCCCAAUCGUCCCCUGGCAGAAUGCCAGUUUUGCCAUAAGAAGUUUACAAGGAAUGACUACCUCAAAGUGCACAUGGACAAUAUCCAUGGCGAAGCUGACAGCUAAUGGUAGCUGUAAAGGAAUUAAACCGUUCAGAAGGGCUCCUAAUAUGAAACCCAGAUUUCUCUCACCUGAUUAGCAUAGCAGAAGUAGACAAAAGUAAUUCACUGGUCUCAUAGUUCUUAUUUGCCUACCUUUAGAGUUCGUAGAUGCAUAUGCAAAAAAAAAAAAAAAAAAAAAAAAAAAAAAAGGAAA